CUAAUCUUUCUGAGAAGAUCGUCCACCGCAAACAGCGUAAUUAAAAGAUAGCUGAAGUCCUUGCUGGUACCUCAAUAUCGCCACAGAUACCUCUGUGAACCUUGUAAUCCCCCAAGUCUUACUUGAGGACAGUGGAAAAAUCCAGGCCGUGAUAAAGAAAGAAUGAUAAUCGUUGUUGUUUUCGAAGGACAACACAUCAUGCAUUCAAAUCUUUUUAGCAAAUCUUAUCUUCUUUUGUUUGAAACAAUAGAUAAUAAAACGAUUAAUGACGCUCAUGUAAACUAAAAACGAAGUACUAAGGACCUUAGAGUCUUCGACUAAUCGCUUGCAACACGAAAAUGAUCUCAUCAUAUUACAUCAGCUGAUAGUAAAGCCGUGAGCUUACUGUAUAUUGAACUUGCGUGACGCAUUCAGGCCGUUCGAAUGCUCGUGUUCGCUUUUUUUAAUUCAACAUCUUUAACACAAUCUACUUUAUUAUAAUCAAUACUGACGCUGUCUUGGUAACAGGGUUUUGUUUAUAUACAUAUGUUUAAUACAUUGUUUGUCUAGCUUGCUAGUUGUGGCUGAGACUUAAAUCACUUGUAUAUCUUGGCACAACCCUCGGUUAGCGUUUGUUGACAAUGUGACCUUGCGGUUUCUGAGAACGAAAGGCAUAUCAUGUCUGGAGAAACGAAUUUCAAACGGGGCUGUUAUACUGACAACUUGUUUAAGAAGGAAUCGAAAGGAAAGUGGACUUCCUACUGGGUUGUUCUCGACGGAAGGUAUUUAAAAUUUUAUGAGGAAAAGGAUAGAGAAAAGUUAAUAGGAAGUGUCGAAAUUGGAGGCAAAACUAAAUGUGUUGUUUCACAACGCAAGAAUUACAGUUUUCCAUUUAUGCUUUUCGCCGCACAUGGCCGACAUUUGCUUAAGUGCGAAUCAUCUUUACGACGACAUCGCUGGAUGACAGCGAUCUCCCAAGCCGUCGAGUUGUUAAGAUUGCCCUCAUCUCACGCGGAAGAAAGCGACUUGAAAAUCUGCAGCUCGGAAAAUCAAGCACAGGAUUACGACGAUGAGAAUGAAAAUGAAGAAGGCAGUUUACCUGAAAAUGUUUUGCUUGUUUCGUCACUUCCAAAUGCGCGGGAUUCACCAACUUUACCUUUCAAACUUCAAAAUCGAGAACGAGCCGUUUCAGAAAAUCAGGAUGAAAAAAAAUCAAAUGCAAAAAGCAAAACUGUGGUUUAUCCUUUCGCUCAAAACAUUGGACAAUCAGUCCCACAAAUUUCCAAACCAAACUUGCUACACGCCUCGUCAUCCUUUGAUAGCAACUUUACACCUUCGCCUCGCGGAGUUCGGAGUUUUCCGACGACGCCCGAGAAGGGUGCGACGACCCGAAUCGGAAGUCCAUUGACUUCGGGCGCGUCAUGUUUCGGAAUGUCCAGGUCAUUCAGUUCUCUGACGUCAUCUCGAAUGGACAUGCGGUUUUCCCGUCAUAUGGUCAGCGACAGUCAUAGUGGUGAUACCGAGGUGUAGACAAAUAAUAUUAUACAGAUGUAGGAAUUACAAUGAUAAAUUUAAGUUAUUUAUAUAAAUGAAUGAGACUAUUAGAAUAUAAGAAAUAUUGUAGUUAGUAUUUAUCAAUCUAAUCAUGAUAUGGUUAGUUACUCUAAAUUAGAAACUCGCAGCAAAAUUUGUCCUGGCGUCGAGUGUUUAAAUAUAUUUAUCUUAGCCGCGCGACACCUAAUUUUAUGCGAGCGACGAAAACAAACAUGCACUAGAUCAGUAAAUUAAACAAUUUCCCACAGCAAGAUUUCUUAUCAAUACUGGGGCAGGUUGUUUAGAAGUCUUAACUCCAUUUUAAGUAAUUAAAUCGUAAUAAUACUAUUCUAAUUGUCCUAUUCUAUCGCUAAUUGUACUUAACACCUCCUUUUUUUACAAUCGACCCCAACCAAAGUUUAUAGGUCAUUUCAUAAGCGAGAAGAUUCGUUACGGCGCGCGUUACCCUAACAUAUUUUGAAGUUUCCUAACAAAUUCUAAUCGUAAAGACCUGCAGUUUAUUGGGUAUUGUGUGAGCAAGAAUUUAGUUACACCCAUGCAAUAGUUUCGCUAAGUUUAUAUUGCGAUCUUGUUUUCCCAUGUAUUGCAUUCGCGUAGGUGAAGUAAAAUACUCCAAGUGACUCUUGAGAAUUCAAUUGCGCGGUGCGUUUGAUUUAAAACACCGACUUCGACAUCCCAGGAUAUUUUCUAGUAAGUUCAAAGAUUCUUUGAAUAAUUAUCCUAAAUGAAGUCAAUUUAUAGAGUGUCUCAAAUGUGUCCUGUUUAUGGAGUUGACGUCAAAUGUCCUGGGAAUAGGUACGAUAUUGGCCUACUUUUUUGAAAUUUUUUAAUUUUGUUUUUGAUUCAAUGGUGAAAAUCUCACCAAGAGUUACCGAAAAACAAACACGUCUUGACACGCAAUUUCGCCCGCCAUAUUUGGCAGGAACAAUUAAUCUGCAAAAUGACAUUAAAGAGACCCGGAAUGGUUUCCUGACUCCAUCAUGUUAGUAAAUUUGUUGUUUGACAUCAGUUUCGCAUUCAUGCUUGUUGAGGCGACAGAAAAAAGGAUUCCUUUUCUGUUAUAAACAGCGUAAGAUGAAUAGAGAUUUUACUGUUGACAUCUAUAUAUUGAUAAAUGAUGAAUUUCUAAAUAUUGUGGGUGAAAUAUUUUUCCGGUUAAUAGUGCGUCGGCUAUAUAAUUAUAUCUAACCUUCAAUGACAUCGGUUUAGAAGUUAUAAUCGCCCAAAUCAGGAUUAUUUUCCAUGCAUGCACAGCACCAUUUUUGGAUACAAACCGCCUUUCCCCGUAUCAGGACCAAAGCACUGCAAACUCAUUUUAACUUAUUAACUGCAUGAACCAUUAGAUAUAAUAAUUAUGGGAAAAAGUUAGAAUGAUUCAUUUUUUACAAAGAUCCUGUUUGUUCGAAUACCCCCCUAAGAAACGUUCUCCAAGGAGCUAAGCCGCCUGAUUUUUUGAAAUCUCGGCAAACGGAACUUCAACACUUUUCUUCCAUGAGCUGAUUCAAUGCACUUUAUAUUUAUUAACUUGUGGUUACACCGUUAAGAACCAUAAAAGGUCAUACUUUAUCUAAUGUGCCAGCGUAGGCGUGACGAUACCACUCGAAGAGGGGACCAUAAAAAGGCGACGUUUUCUUCAAAAUUUCAACAGUUCAGCUCAUUUCGUCGCUGUCGAAAGUUAACCGCAACGAGAUCCUCCUCAACUAUACUUUGAAGUAUCUCACAGUUUCAGUCGGUGUAAUUUGGCUUUUUUUGUGAAGAAGUCAUGAAAAGUGCAGCGAUUACUUUCCUUCUUAUCCAUUGCUUCCUUGUUAGCGGGCUACCACGGCCCAAAAGAUUGGUGAAAAGGGCAGCAAAUCUCAAUCCCGGUUUCAAUUUGGAAGCGUUUCGUCAAAAUCAACUGAAUUUACACAAUCACUACAGACAGUUACAUGGUGUUACUCUUAUGACUAAGGAUGACACGUUAACCCAAGAGGCUCAAAGCUACGCUGAGUAUCUGGCAGCGAAUAAUUUGUUUCAACAUUGUGGCCGUGGGGCAUCUUGUAACCCUGGCGGCGCAGGGGAGAAUUUGGCAUACGCUGGCGGGCACACUGGAGUGGAGACCAACGCAACAUUAAGUUGGUAUGGAGAAGUCUUUGAUUAUAACUACUGUACAUGGCCCAGUGGACGCGCCACAACGAGGCCUGGUCGAGAGGGAAAAAUGGUCGGCCAUUUUACUCAGAUUGUGUGGACGACCUCCGUGAAGCUUGGUAUAGGAUAUGCUCGCAGUUCUGACCGGACCAAAGUCUACGUUGUCGGUCGUUACUCUCCUGCUGGUAACUUCAUUGGACAGUAUGAUGAGAAAGUACCGAAAGCUUCUUAUCUAUUAGACACAUUCCAAGACAAUUGUAACGGAAUAAAUGGAGCAUUCACUGCAUGGUCAGAACCAGGCCCUUGUAGUAAAACGUGUGGCAAAGGGGUACGAUUUCAAACAAGAUCAUGCACCAAUCCUAAACCUUCAUUCAACGGCCGGGAUUGCUCUGGGGAAACCAAGAGGGUGCAUCCGUACUGGUGCAACACUCAGGCAUGCGAUACAGCAGUAAACGAACGUAAUGAGCAGUGUGGAGCACGAGGUUAUAUAGCACAAGCACUUAACUUUGGAGGAUCAAAUGAAUGUAAUUUGCACUGCCGUCAGUCGCUCGAAGUCAAUACCUACAUUCAUAGAGGACAAGUGGAUGAUGGGACACUCUGUAAUAAUGGGGCUGGAGCAUGUGUGAAUGGAGCAUGCGUUCAACUUCAAUACCCGCCUUCUACCACUAGUCCACCUACCACCACCAAUCCACCUACCACCACUAACCCACCUACCACCACCACUAACCCACCUACCACCACUAACCCACCUACCACCACUAACCCACUUACUACCACCAACCCACCUACCACCACCAACCCACCUACCACCACUAACCCACCUACCACCACUAACCCACCCACCACCACCAACCCACCUACCACCACCACCAACCCACCAACUACCACCACCAACCCACCUACCACAACCAACCCACCUACCACCACUAACCCACCUACCACCACCAACCCACCUACCACUACCAAUCCACCUACCACCACUACCACUACCAACCCACCUACUACCACCAACCCACCUAUGACUAUUUCACCGGGAAAUGGUGGCUAUUCAGCAUGGUCAAAGCCAGGUCCGUGUUCUAAAUCAUGUGGUGGUGGUAUCAGCUUUAGAACAAGAACGUGCACACUGCCUGGUGGAUGCGAAGGCCCGAGCAGAGAAGUUGUUACAACCUGGUGUAACCCUCAGCCGUGCCAUCCCGUGUCACAAGAAAGAAACGAUCAGUGCAAUGCAAAAGGAUAUCUUCCUAAUGCACAUAAUUUUGGCGGCACACAUGAAUGUAACUUAUUCUGUCGAAGUCCGUUUUCCUUUUAUUACUAUUAUCGUGGAUCAGUGGAUGACGGAACACACUGUAACAAAGGCACUGGUGCAUGUGUUGAUAAUGUUUGUGUGGCAAUGAGCUUUCAACCUGGCACCGUAAUUCAGGGUACAUAUAAAGUAGUGCCUACAGGUUCAUACAAGAAAGAUAUUGUCGUUGCCAUACCAAAUGGCGCGAGUAACGUACAAAUUACCCACAACAGCCUCAGUACACAUGCAGUGGUUGGUUUCCGCUCAAGCACCUCUUGUGGUUAUUCGUUUUCAACAAAUGUCAAGGGCGUUGCUGUUACGUAUCACAGUAAUUAUGACAUCACCAUACCAGGUCCAGUUCAGCCUUAUGGCGACAGUCAAAUCAUUAUUUACGCUCUCGGUACGAGUCAAGCUGACAUCACUUUUAGUUAUACUCCAGCAAGUUAGAUGGAAAAUAAGAAGAUAAGAUAGAAAGAGAGUUGUGUAAGCUGUUGUGGUAGAAGAAAUAUCAAUUGGCCAGUCAAGUGAACAACACGAAGCACAAAAUUUCGUGGAAACACUUUAAUGAUGAUAUUUAUCAAUUUGUACAGUAAAUUUAAUUCAUC